AUCACUAAUAAUCAAUCAUCUAAGAACCUGAUCACCAAUCAUCAAUCAUAUAAGAACCUGAUCACUAAUAAUCAAUCAUCUAAGAACUGAUCACUAAUAAUCAAUAAUCUAAGAACCUGAUCACUAAUAAUCAAUAAUCAAUAGUCAAUAAGUUUUAAUCAGGUGAUUACUUCCUGUCCUCAGAGGGGGGCGUGUCAUCAUGGUGACGGGCAAGAACCUGGGCGUUGUGCAGCAGCCAAUCAUAUCGGUGUGGGUGGAGCCUCUGGAGGUCCAGAGGGUGAAGCGGAGAAGACGAUUGGCUCUGCUCACCGCCAAGCAGCUGGUCUUCAACAGCACUAUGAGAACGGUGUCAGAGCCCUGCUCCGUCCUGUCUUCCUCUCAGAUGACCUGUCCGACUCCCAAAGUGACCCCAGAGGUCAAAGUGAAGGGCGUCUGGUUCCAGCUGGACAACGUCAGAGUCCACUAUGAAACCAUCAAGGUACCUGUCUGUCUCUCUGCCUGUCUGUCUGUCAGGAUGAACAUCUGGAGGUGGUGGAGAACAAAACGGUCUCCAUGGUGAUAUGAUAUUAUGGUCUGUAAUACACAGAGUCUGCAGGGGAGAUCAAUAUCUGUGAUCAGAGACAUAAAGAGCCUGUCUGUCUCUCUCUGUCUCUCCUUCUUCAUAGUUAGCGUGUUAGUAUCAACGUUUUCACAAUAAAAGCUGAUAAAAUGCAAAGAUUCAGAAUAAAAGAAGGUUCUG